AAUGGCCUGGAGCAACCACAGCGUCAUCACGGAGUUCGUUCUCACCGGGCUCUCUGACGACCCCCUGAUCCAGGCUCUACUUUUUGCGCUGUUCCUGGGGAUUUACAUCCUCACCAUGACAGGGAACCUGACGAUGCUGCUGGUGAUCAUGGCUGACUCCCACCUCCACACGCCCAUGUACUUCUUCUUAAGCAACCUGUCGUUCGUAGAUCUCUGCUUCUCAACUGUCACGGUACCAAAGCUGCUGAAGGACCUCCUGUCAGCGAAGAAAACCAUCUCAAUAGAGGGCUGCCUGGCUCAGGUCUUCUUUGUGUUUUUUUCUUCUGGUACUGAAGCCUGCCUACUCUCCGUCAUGGCUUAUGACCGCUAUGCUGCCAUCUGCCAUCCCCUGCUCUACGGCCAGGUGAUGAGAAAUGAGUUGUGUGUAAGGCUUGUGGUCAUCUCAUGGGGCGUGGCCUCUCUCAACGCAACCAUCAUCGUGCUCUUGGCUGUCAACCUGGACUUCUGUGGGGCUCAAACCAUUCACCACUACACCUGUGAGCUGCCUGCCCUUUUCCCCCUGUCCUGUUCCGAUAUCUCCAUCACUGUCGUUGUCCUGCUUUGCGCCAGCUUACUGCACGGGCUGGGAACCUUUAUCCCCAUCUUCUUCUCCUAUGCCCGUAUUGUCUCCGCCAUCUUGAGCAUCAGUUCCACCACGGGGAGGAGCAAGGCCUUCUCCACCUGCUCCUCCCACCUCGCCGCGGUGACCUUGUUCUUUGGGUCUGGCUUUCUUUGCUAUCUCAUGCCGCCUUCUGGAUCUUCUCUGGACUUGCUCUUAUCUUUGCAAUACAGCGCAGUCACGCCCAUGCUGAAUCCCCUCAUCUACAGCCUGAAGAACAAGGAGGUGAAGGCAGCUGUGCAGAGGACCCUGAGAAAGUAUUUGCUUUAG